AUGAAAAUUGAUGGAACCAAAGAAAAAGCAGCUCCUGAAAAAAUCUUGGUAUUGAAAGCUUCUGAUAGUGAUGAGGAAUUUGAUUUUGACAAGGAUCAAAUUGCCUUCAUAACUAAGAAUUUCAGCAAAUUCAUUAAGAAGAAGAACGAACCAUGUACUAAGAAAUGUUCCAAUGAUAAUCCAAAUGGGUGCUACAAAUGUGGAAAAACUGAUCAUCAGAUCAGAGACUGUCCAGUUUGGGAAAUAAAAUGGAAAAAAGAAAGGGCUGAAAAGGAACUGAAGGCAAAAAGGAAGGAGGAGCAUGCAAUGAUAGCAGCUUGGGGAUCUGAUUCAGAUGAAGAUGAAGUUAAUGAAACUGCAUUCAUGGCUCUUGGAGAUUCAGAUUUAGAUGAAGAAGAUGAGGGUUCUAAAGAAGAAAAUGAUGUUGAGGAACAAGUUACACAAUCUGAUUCAUUGACUGGAACUACCAAACCUUGA